UAAGUGUCCUCUGCCUUUAUCGUAUUGUCAUUAAUGUAUUUUAGUGUAUAUAAGAGAGUACUUUUAGUGUAAAUAAUCACAUUUUUCUGUAAACAAUUACCACUGAGUUAUGAACUAUGAAUACAAUUUUACAAAUUUAUACGUCGUUUAUUAAACUUAACUUCAUAUAUCAUUCCUAAAUAUCAAUUAUUAAUAAUUAAGAAAACGUAUACGUUUAUAGAAAUGAAUAAUUCUAUCAAAGAAUAUAAGUUUGAAGCUGUAUUGGGUAAAGGAAUGUUUGGAACUGUUCAUCUAGUUAGACGAACAAGGGAUUUGAAACCGUUUGUUAUAAAAGAGCAAAAUUUAAGCGUCGAAACUAAUUUAUCUUUUAAAAUGGUCCUGAGAGAAGUAGAAUAUUUGCAAAAGAUGAGACAUCCAAACAUUGUUGCUUAUCAUGCGGCUUGGAUCGAAAAUAAUAAAAGUUACAUUCUUAUGGAAUACGCUACUCGUGGUACUUUGAAAGAAUUAUUAGAAAAACUUAGUGUACCGCUUGUGGAAGAGAAUGCACUGUACUUAUUUUCGCAAAUAACUCUUGGAGUUCAUCACAUACAUACCAAGAAAAUUCUUCAUAGAGAUUUGAAACCUGAAAAUAUUUUAUUGACUGGACGCAAAGGAGAUAUUGUUAAGAUUACUGACUUUGGUGUUUCUAAAAAUAUACUAGAGGAGUCCAUGUGUUGUGCUGGAUCUUAUUGCUACAUGGCUCCAGAAAUGCUUUCGUGUCAACCGUACGAUUUAAAAUCGGACAUAUGGAGCAUGGGUGUUAUUCUUUACGAAAUGGUGACUAAGCAGCUUCCAUUCCCUACAUCUGAUCUAGCUGAGAUUACAAGAAUGGUGUGCAAUAAAAAACCAAAACCAUUUAAUAAGAAAAUUUCAAUCUCGACAAUACGGUUGAUAUCGAAAAUGUUAAGGAAACAAGCAAUUUAUCGUCCGAAAACCGAUCAAUUAAUACUUUGUCCGUAUUUGGUUCCAUUCAUUGCACGUGUUUAUUUAAAUCUCGGCAGAAUUCAAUAUAAUUAUCGUAGGGGUAAAGAAAACUUUGAUCCUCAAAUUUUUCAAUAUUUUUUCAAAACUCAACAUUUUAUGGUCACAGAUGGUUUAUUUUUAUACGAUUGUGAAAUGUCGGUAGAACAUGAAAAGCAUUUUAUUGUUCGCCGAAUGACUGUUAAGUUCGGACAUAGUAUUAAAGGGAGAAGAGUAACAACAACAGGAAUCAACAUGCAAUUAUCCGUUAUACUAUUUGUAUAUUAUCUAUGUCGAUGUUCGUGGGUAAUGAGUUUAUCAAUUGAUUCAUAUACGACGAAUAUCACUACGGAAAUACCGACGUACGACACUCUGGAAUCUGAAGAUUUGAACAAAGAAACUCAGUAUUUUUUAAAUCCUAUCUAUCGUGAUCUCGAUCCUUCGAAUGACGUCGAACGUAUUGAUCUUCAACAAUGGCCAGGAAGAUCCACUGUUCUUUUACAUCGUAAUGAUGUUCCUUCCACUACUAAUGUAAAACAGAAUAAGUUUGUCAACUUUAGUGUACCCUUGCAACAAAAUUCAACCAGAUAUCCAAGAUUUAGUAUACCACUCUCAAUCGCAAUGAUAGACGAACUUUUUUGCGAUUUUGGUCCACUUCCAUCGUUGUCUCUCUGCGAGUGGCAAAAUGGUAGUGAUUCAUUAGACUGGAUGGCAGGAUCUGGUUUAGGAACUAAUUGGUUUGGUGGACCACCAUCGGAUUCUACUACUAGUACAAUGGAAGGAGGAUAUGCUUUUGUGGAAACAUCGCAAAUACCAUCGAAAAGUAUAACAGGCAAAAGUUCUGGAGCUCGAUUACACAGUCCUCAAUUAGGAAGUACUGGUGUUUCAGGAACUUGCAUUAUGUUUAAAUACUCACUGGAUGGUCUUAGCGUAGCAGGAUUAAGAGUACUCUUGCAUUUGGGUUUUGAUGAGUACUCCAUUAGAAAAGAACCAGAAGAUGCAAUUACAUUUCAAAAUGUUACCGUACCACCUUGUAAGCCCGCUAAGACGGAAAGCGAACGUGUGAUCUGGCAUGCUCAGUAUUAUGACCUUGAAAUGUGGCAGCAAGCUCAGAUACUUUACACGUAUCCAGAUGUACAUUCGUUAAUCAUUGAAGCAGUACCUGUUGAUUCAACUGAUCCAUCCCGUCUCUUUCGAGGAUAUGUAGCGAUCGAUGAUAUCGAUCUCCAACCUGGAACUUCCUGCGUAGGAUUUUGUAACUUUGCAGGUGGAUUCUGUGAUUGGAACAACGAUGCAGAAGACGAUUUUGACUGGACAAUAAGUCGAGGUAGCAUAAAUCCAGCGACUGGUCCAGCUAUGGAUAGCUCCAGUGAUCGAGCUACGGCUGGUGGUUAUGCCUAUAUCAAUUCUAGAUUUCCGCGUAGACCUGGUGAUACAGCAAGAUUAAUCAGUACCAGUUUCCCAGCUACCAAUCCAGAUGCUCCGAUUUGUAUACAUUUUUGGUUUCAUAUGUUCGGUACAGGAAUUGGUAAUUUGAAACUUUACUUACGUCACUUUCGUGAUCUCGAUGCAAUGUUACAAGAAAUUUGGGGAUUAAGCGGGAACGCUGGUAACGCUUGGUACAUGUCUCAAAUAACUAUUGGAUCUUUGGAUGACUAUCAAUUAAUUUUCGAAGCAUCUGUAGGAAAUACUGGUAUGGGUGAUAUCGCUAUAGAUGACAUUACGUUUACUCAUGGUGCUUGUCCUGUGUAUCCACAAGUAGCAGCAACAAUAUCAAGAGAUUGUACUUUUGAAGUAGACGAAUGUGAUUGGAUCAAUACCAGAGAUCCGGAUCGUGUCGAAUGGGAAAGAGUUUCUACUCAAAUAUUAAGUCCUAGAAAUCAACGUAAACCGUACAGUAAUGGAAAUACUGGCACCAGACACAAUGAAUUUUUUUUAACACUUGGCAAAUCUCGUAGUGGAUCUUUUGGUGGUGGUACUGCUCAACUCGUUAGUCGUGAAAUGAGUGGUUCUGCUAAUCCAUUGUGUAUUACAUUUUGGUAUAUCAUGUUCGAGUCCUUUAUUGAUUCCACCGGACCAAGCUUAGGUGUUCUUCGUUUAUACAUACAAUCUAAUGAUGAGUCACCAGCAGAGCCCAAACCUAUCUGGCAAUUAUACAAUGACCAAGGUCCUACCUGGAAUUACGCACAAGUAAAUAUUAAUGAAAGAAAAAACUUUAAUAUCUAUUUUGAAGGUAUAUGGGGUCCGAAUAGAGCAAAUGGUAUUAUUGGUAUUGAUGACAUAUCUUUUUACAUUGGAAACUGUACUGUAAGACCACCUGCUGCUUCUGUCAGAAAUGAGGAUUGUAGUUUCGAAAAAGGAAUAUGUGGGUGGGAAAACAUUACUCUUUCAAAUAAUGAUCGGUCUGUUACUUGGCAACGAGCAUUUCUUACUCACCGACCAGCUCAGCUCUUAGAUAAAACGUUUGGGACUACAGGCGAUUAUAUUUUUUUUGAUAUAUACACACCUGAUAAAAAAUCCACUGAGGUACAAUUACGUUCUCCAAUUAUUAACACACCUGCUGAUGAAGAGUCCACUUGUUUCACAUUUUGGUUUGCUGCUUUCGGCGUUGAAGAGUCUACGAUGUUACAAAUUAUUAGAACGUCUGAUGUUGAAGAUGCAAAUGGUGGUAAUGAUGAAAAUGGUAACGAUGAAAUAUUGUUAUGGUCAUUAACAGCAAAGGGAUUUAAUAAUCCAAGACCAGUAUGGAUGGCAGCGCAAGUAACAAUUGAUGGACGUUUACCGUAUCGUCUUAUUCUGAAGGGCAGUGCUAGUAAUGGUGGCUUUGCUAUCGAUGACAUUAAAUUUCAACCUCGUGUUUGUCCAAGUAAAAUUAUUUUAAAAUUUAAAUAUAUCAUAAUAUAUUUAAUUUUAAUUUCAUUAAUUCAAAUUAUUUUUAAAUAUUUUAGCUCGACCACCAGAAGCUCAUCCACAAUUAAACUCAAAUAA